AUGGGUGUUCCCAAAUUCUUCAGAUGGCUCAGUGAGCGCUACCCUGCGAUUUCGCAAUUGAUCGCUGAGAACCGUAUUCCCGAAUUCGAUUGUCUCUACUUGGAUAUGAAUGGUAUCAUUCAUAAUUGCACCCACAAAGAUUCCGACUCGCCAUCUUUUCGGAUGACCGAGGACAAAAUGUUCAUUGCUAUCUUCAACUACAUUGAGCACCUCUUUGGCAAGAUUAAGCCCAAAAAACUGUUCUUCAUGGCGAUUGAUGGGGUAGCACCCAGAGCCAAAAUGAACCAGCAGCGUGCUCGUCGAUUCCGUACUGCACUCGACAACGAGAAGGCUCGAGACAAGGCUAUCAAAGACGGCUUGGAAAUGCCAAAAGAGGAUCCAUUCGACAGCAAUUGUAUCACUCCUGGUACUGACUUCAUGGCCAAACUUACAAAGCAGUUGAAAUAUUUCAUCAACAAGAAAGUGUCUGAAGAUGUCGACUGGCAGGGCGUUGAGGUUGUUCUUUCUGGCCAUGAGGUUCCAGGUGAAGGUGAACAUAAAAUUAUGGAAUACAUCCGACAAGCCAAAGCUCAACCCGGCUACGACCCGAACGUGCGUCACUGUCUGUAUGGACUGGAUGCUGACCUAAUCAUGUUGGGUCUGCUCAGCCAUGAUCCUCAUUUCUGUCUGCUCCGAGAAGAAGUUACUUUUGGGAGGCAAACUUCAAAGAAAUCUAAAGAACUGGAACAUCAGAAUUUCUACCUCAUGCAUCUGUGCAUUGUGAGAGAGUACCUCGAGCUCGAGUUUCAAGAACUAGAACAAGAAGGUGCUCUCGAUUUCCCAUUCGACAUGGAAAGAAUCAUUGACGACUUCAUUCUAAUGGCUUUUUUCGUUGGAAACGACUUCUUACCUAAUCUCCCGAACCUACAUAUCAAUGAAGGUGCUCUCGCGCUGAUGUUUCAGAAGUACAAGCAGAUUUUGCCGGGGCUCGGUGGCUACAUCAACGAGCAUGGAGUGAUUAAUCUGCAAAGAUUGUCGGUGCUUCUGGACGAAUUGUCCGAAGUUGAGCACCGAUUCUUCGAGGCAGAGUAUUCCGAUGCGAAAUGGGUCGAUGCUAAGCGGAAAGAUGCUGCGCUCGAGGAGCCUGCCAAAGCAUCACGAGGGCCUGUCAGGGUUUCGCCUGAGCAGAAACAGCUCUUUGCGGAUAUCAAAAAGUGGUUUAUUGCACCUGGUAACAAGGACCUGGCCACGAGACAACCGCUUAAACUAUCCUCCACUCUCCCUGCACGAGAUCGCAGUUUUGUACAGCAACUGGCAGUAGACCUGAACCUUCAGUGGUCUACCAAAGAGGACGAGGAAGGAAACAGAUUUAUACAAGUGGAGUUUCCCCAAUCGCAAGACGAAGAUUCCGAGGAAGAAGAAUCGCAAAUGGCCAUUACCAGAAUCCUAAAGCGAUAUGAAAAGGCCAAAGUCGAAGAGGUCACGAAUGAACAAGCUCAGCAAGACUUGAAGAAGAAGUAUGAUGAGAAGUUCUACGAAUGGAAGAACAAAUAUUACAAAGAGAAGUUCGGGUGGGGCUUGGAUGACGAAAAGAAUCUGCGCCAACUUACGGAAAACUAUGUCCAGGGUCUCCAGUGGGUGCUGUAUUACUACUAUCGGGGUGUUGCUUCAUGGCCAUGGUUUUAUCAGUAUCAUUACGCUCCGAUGAUAUCCGAUGUCAAGAACGGCCUUGGUGCGAACAUGAAUUUCCAGCUAGGCCAACCAUUCCGCCCCUUCCAGCAACUGAUGGGGGUUUUACCUGAUCGAAGCAAAAAGAUCGUCCCCGAGAUCUACCAUGAGUUGAUGACCUCCAAAGAUUCGCCGAUUAUCGAUUUCUAUCCCCGAGAUUUUGAUCUGGAUAUGAACGGCAAGAAAAUGGAGUGGGAAGCCGUGGUGAAAAUCCCUUUCAUUGAUGAAAAAAGACUCCUAGACGCAAUGGCUACCAAGGACCACCUUCUUUCUGAAGAUGAACGACUCCGCAAUGAUUUUGGGGUCAGCCUCAAGUUUGUCUACUCACCUGAAGUCGACUACACCUAUCCCUCUUCAUUGGUUGGCAUCUUUCCGGACCUCCCUCAUUGUCACUGCAUACAAAAUGAGUUUGAACUCCCCACUAUGGAGGGUCUCGAACCUCAUGUCGGCCUAGUCGAUGGAGUGAAACUGGGCGCAGCUGCUCUGGCAGGCUUUCCCAGCCUGAAGACGCUGCCAUUUACUGGGUCACUUGGAUUCCAUGGCGUCAACGUUUUCCAACAGGACAGUCGUAACGAAAGUAUGGUAAUAACGUUAUCAGACACUGAAUCACGAAGCAACACCGAGUAUGCCAAACAGCUGCUCAAUCAACGCGUACAUGUUGGAUACCCAUUCUUACAGGAAGCCAAGAUUGUCAAGAUCUCUGACGAGCUGUUUGAUUACACGAUGGCCGAAGGAGGUAAAUCACAGGUACAAACUGUCGAGCACACUGGAAGUGAAAUCGACCAGUUUCACAAGAAAGCAGAGCGCAUUGAGAAAUGGUACAGUAAGAGACUUGGCAUGCUAACUGGCGAUGUCGAGACGCUCGUCCAUGUCGAGAUGCUCAAAGGACUGAAGAAACUCGACGACGGUUCUACCGUCAAGGAAUUUGCCGAACUUCCUGGCAUGGAGACCAUUCAUGCUACGCAGCUCGUUGUUCCGAGUGUCAUCAGCGAGGAUGUUCGAUUCAUUGAGAAAGCGGCACUUCCGAUUGAAGAAGAAUUUCCAGAUGGAACCAAUGCUUUCUUCCUUGGCGAUUAUGCAUAUGGAAGGCCCCUGAGUGUGGUCGGGCAUGAAAACGGUAAAGCAAAAUGUCUUAUUGCACUUUCUAGUGGUCGACAACAUGAAUUCGGACGCGAAAUCGCUCGUCAGGCAGAGAGAUUGUCACCCUACACGCCAUCAUUUCAAGUUGCCCGGAGUCUGAAUUUGAACGCACUGGCACUAGCCAAGAUCACUUCCUCAUAUUCCGUCAUGGUUGACGAUCAGAGGGUCAACCUUGGGCUGAACCUCAAGUUUGAGGCCAAGAAGCUCAAGGUGUUGGGCUAUUCACGAAAGGGCCAGAGUGGCUGGGAAUUCAGUCAGAAAGCCAUCGAGUUGAUCCAACAAUACAUGAUUAAGUUUCCUCAAUUCAUUGCAGGCAUCAACAACAACCCACAAGGCGACAUGCUACCCCCUACUGCGUACUUUCCGGGUGAUGAAAAGGAGGCCAAAGCCAAGGUCAAGGAGAUUCAGGCUUGGCUAAAGGAGAUUGAGUCAAAAAGCUUCGAGAAAGUUCCUCUAGAAGCCGAGCAGCUGGAUUCGGAGGUUGUCAAGAGAAUUGAAGCAGCAGCCGAUGAAAUGCUUCGCACUGAACCACCUCCCCAGAAUAAGGUCAUUGGAGGAGUUCCUCGACAUGGUCUUCUGAAGCCAUCUGACGCUCAAUGGCGUUUAGGAAGCCAGAGAUACUCUCUCGGAGACAGAGUCAUCUAUGUGGCUGACUCCGGAAAAGUCCCAAUCGCAUCCCAAGGCACCGUUGUUGGACUUACUCAAACAACCAGAGAGACUUGGCUGGAUGUUGUGUUUGAUGUGUCCUUCAUGAGCGGUACAUCAUUGGGAGACCGUUGUUCACCAUUUCGUGGAUCCACUGUGCCUACUUGGUCAGUUCUGAACCUCAGCAACCGUCAAGUUUUGGCCUCUUCAAAGGCCAGUGCGAAUCGACAGACGAAUACAACACAGUCACCACUCACAGUUACUGGCUAUGGGCAGCCAGGCAUCAAUGGGCAAGGUCAAUUGCGUCCUGCUCAAACACCCCCAGCAUUACGCGGGUCGUGGCGCGGAGCUGUUGGUGGACAAGUCAACGGUCGUGGUAAGAUGAAUGGAACUGCUGGACGUGGUCAGUCGAAUGGAACACACAUGCCAAUUCGAAGUCUCUCCGGAAGCCCUGCCAAUGGUAAUCGUGGAGCAGCAUCAAAUGGUGUCCGAGGUGGUCGUGGUAAUCAUACCACCCGAGGUGGCUACAAUCAGGUCGAUCGAGGUGAUCCUCAAGCUGGUGUGAUUCAGAACAACCCUGCAUUCAGGCCCAAAUCACACCAUAAUGUGCCGCCGCCACCGAGUCUGAAUCACUCCAACGCACCCCGCGGCCGGGGCAGAGGUGGUCGCGGAGGUCCAGUUCGUGGAGGAAGAGGCCCUUCUUGA